AUUAAUAUGAUCAUGAACGUCACUUGACGUUACAAAUCUGGUUGAGACUUUACAAGUGGUAGCCUCUGGUAACUAGAGUUACUGGGUUCUCUGCACGUUUGAGCCUUCGGUGUCUCAAUAUUUCAGAUUCUUUGGUAGACUCAAAGCUAGCAUUAUUCGCACGCAAAUUAAGCAUCUUCUUGAGGGCGAAAGCUUCUUCUUCCCUUUGCAUCUUUCUUUUACUUUUUCUCGUCUACAUAAUCUCCGUAUUAGCUUUGUUUGAAGUUUUUAUACAUGUGAAGGAAGAUGAUAUGGGCAACGUUUUUGCCAUCCAUAAGCGUCAGCAGCCAAUUAACAACACUAACCCCGAGUUAAAUCGCAGGACAACUAGCAGUCAGAUAAGUUCUAGAGGGAAAUCUGAAAUUAUUAGCACAAAUCGCAGCAUGUCACGACAACCAUCAACCUCUGUAACCGUGAGUGGUACUGGUCCAAAGAUGAAGAGGAGCAACAACAUAAAGAACAAGUAUUCUUUUAUCCCUGACAAUUUCACAACCCUUGAAGAGGUAACAAUAGCCUUGAGGGAUGCUGGAUUAGAAUCUUCCAAUCUCAUUCUUGGAAUCGAUUUCACAAAAAGCAAUGAAUGGACUGGCAAAAUAUCAUUUAAUAAUCGGAGCCUUCAUGCCAUUGGAGACACCCCUAAUCCAUAUGAAACAGCGAUCUCUAUAAUUGGAAAGACAAUUGCCCCCUUUGAUGAAGACAACUUGAUCCCUUGUUUUGGCUUUGGUGAUGCAACAACACAUGAUCAAGAAGUGUUUAGUUUUCACAGUGAUCAUACUCCUUGCCAUGGUUUUGAAGAAGUAUUAUCAUGCUACCGAAAGAUAGUUCCAAGCUUGCGACUUUCAGGGCCAACUUCUUAUGCACCGGUGAUUGAAGCUGCAAUCGACAUUGUAGAGAAGAGUGGCGGGCAGUACCAUGUAUUGGUUAUAGUUGCAGAUGGCCAGGUGACUAGGAGUGUCGAUACACAUCCUAGAGAACUUAGUCCACAAGAAAAGCAAACAAUCCAGUCUAUUGUUGAUGCAAGUUCAUAUCCACUCUCCAUUAUUCUUGUUGGUGUCGGGGAUGGACCUUGGGAAGACAUGAGGAAAUUUGAUGACAAGAUCCCGGCACGGGAAUUUGAUAAUUUUCAGUUUGUUAAUUUCACUGCCAUUAUGUCAAAACAAUCAAGUCCUUCUGAGAAAGAAACAGCUUUUGCUCUUGCUGCCCUAAUGGAGAUUCCCUUGCAGUACAGAGCAGCCAUGGAAUUCGGUUUACUCAAGCGUAGAACAGGGAGAGCACCAAAGAUAGUUCCCCGCCCUCCUCCUGUUCUUUACAGUCGUCGUGCUCCACUAGAGCAUGAAGUAAGCACCACUGCAUCAUCACCUGCAAUAGAUGAUCGAACCCAGGCUUGUCCGAUUUGCUUGACUAGUCCAAAGGACUUAGCCUUCGGUUGUGGACACAUGACUUGUAGAGACUGUGGGUCAAGAGUAACAAACUGUCCCAUAUGCCGCCAGAGGAUCACCAAUCGCCUGAGGCUAUAUUCUUAAUAGUUGAUCCAAAGGAAGCUCAAACGGGUUAGGCUUGGGAGACAACAGUGCUUUCACGAUUGAGAAUUGUGAAUUUUUUUUUUGUAAAUUUCUGUUUUCUAACCCUGAUUUGUGCACUUGUAUGCCUGUGUUCUUUCUUUGCAGGUUUGAGAAUUGUGCUUUCAGGUUUCUACCAUAUGUAUCUUCAAUAAAAGAUUUGUUUAGUAA